UAGUAGCGACUGAGACCUAAAGGUUCUUUCUCGGUGGAAGACCGCGUACGAGCGACGCCUCGUCUCUGCUCUUACCUUACAAACUCAACCCUGCUGCCAUGGAGGAAUCAAGUAGUUGACGUUUCCUGCUGCAACCUUCUCUUUUUUAAGCUUUCUUCCCGUCUGAUCACUGACCUCCUGGACCGGUUUAUUGAACUCUCUGCGACUCUUCUUACGAUUUGACCAACCCACCCGAAAUCAUGAAGUAUAUCAUCGGCAUCGGCGGCGUAACCAAUGGAGGGAAAACCACCCUCACCAACAGGCUGAUCAAGAACCUGCCCAACUGUUGUGUGGUACAUCAGGAUGACUUCUUCAAGCCCCAAGAUCAGAUUGAAGUUGGUGAAGAUGGCUUUAAGCAGUAUGAUGUCAUUACUGCUCUGGACAUGGACGCCAUGAUGAGCACCAUCUACGCAUGGUUGGAGAACCCGGUGAAGUUUGAAAAGUCGCAUGGCGUUAAUAACACCCUGGAUACUGAGAUCGUUCCAAAGUCUGACCAUAAGGAGGAGGAGACUCACAUCCUUAUUGUGGAGGGCUUCCUGCUUUACACCUACGGACCAUUGAUCGACGUGCUGAACCAACGUUACUUUAUUUCCAUCCCAUAUGAAGAAUGCAAAAAGAGGAGGUGCUCUAGGAACUACUUGGUGCCAGACCCCCCCGGUCUGUUUGAUGGCCACGUCUGGCCCAUGUAUCUGAGACACAAGAACAUCAUGGAGGCAUCAGCUGUUGAUGUUUUGCAGCUAGAUGGCACCAAGUCAAAGGAACAACUGUUCAACUUUGUCUAUGGCGACAUCCUGAAUAACAUCCAGACGUCUCUUUAACAACAAAGGUCAUGCGAUCGGCUAAAAGGAGCAUAUAUUCAGCCUGCAAGCAGAAGACCGCCUUGCCUUAAGUUUCUACCUGGCAGCUCAUUUAGCUGACUGCUAAGAUUUUUUGUAAAUGUUUAACUGACAGCAUCAAAUGCUGGCAUGAUUUUAUAUCAACCAUAUUUAUUGCUUUCUUACAGCCUACACUCCAAAGAGAGUUGAUGGAUAUGUUCAGAGGAUGGGUGCACUUACUUCAAUAAAUGAUCCUCCUGCUAA